AAUCGAUAUAACAGUGAAAUGGUUUCAGAAUAUGUGCUGAGGACACUUUUUUUUUCUACCAAACACUUGUUAACUGGUGUCCCAGCAUGUGACUCGCCUAAACCUCCUCGUUGGUUGCCAGCUGGUUGUUUGCUGAUGUCAAGAAAAGGAAAAAACCCAACUUCCUUGUACCGGCUGACAACUCUGAAAAAGAAGCGUCUCGUCGGCACAUUUUAUCAGCAGCGACAAGACUCUUUACAUGAAAAUCUGAGCGAAAAAAGACGCAGUUUUGGUGCUUUUUCAAACACUCAUCUGAUGCACAGACUGCAGACUGGACACAGGAACAUUUGUGAUGUGUGGAACAUGAAUGGGUUGCACGGAGGAAGAAGAGAUGAAUGCUGACGUUGCUGUUUUUCCAUCCAUACACCCGUGGAGUAAAAUCCCCACCACAACCUGUUUAAACCUCACAGACUCUGACACUCCUGCAUGGAUCGUCCCUCCAUCUCUCCCUGUCCAAAACUCUUCCAGUCCUUCCUGUGAGAAAAUGUACCCCGGUGAACCCGACCAGUCCCUGGACCCCGAGCACCCAGAGUCCCAGAUGGACUUCUUCCACAAGCUGGGGUACUCCACGGCUCAGGUUCUCGCCGUCCAGCAGAAGUUCGGCCCCACCAUGGACACGGAUAAGGUCCUGGGAGAGCUGGUGAGGACUGGCGCAAGUCGGGAGCCCAAGCAGGCGCCGGUGACCACGAUGUCGGUGCUGGUGCCCAGAGGGGACAUCCAGGCCACGGGCCCCACCCUGCAGCUGCCUGUCCCUGCAUCGUCUCCACAGAGCAGAGAGGAGAGCUGUGAGGAUGAAGACGCCCUGAGACCCAUCGUUAUAGAUGGCAGCAACGUGGCCAUGAGCCACGGGAACAAGGAAGUUUUCUCAUGUCUGGGAAUUCAGUUGGCAGUGAACUUCUUCCUGGACAGAGGCCACACUGAGGUCAAUGUGUUCGUUCCCUCGUGGAGGAAGGAGCAGCCUCGGCCAGAUGUUCCCAUUACAGGUAAGACGAUGGGAAUUCACACUGGUUUCGUUGAUGCUGUCUACUUCCUUCUUUACCUGGCGCCAUCAAACACUUAACCCAUUGUUAA